AUGCCGGCCAAGGGGGAGGCCCGCCCCCCCCCCGAGGGGGCCAGCUGCGACCCCGGCCCCCCCGCCGCCGCCCCCCCCGGCUCUCCCUGCCGGCCCCCCCCGCCCGCGGACCCCCUGGACACCCGCAUCGUCAUGGGGGAGGAGACCCGCUGCCCCCCCCCCGAGCCCCGGGGGGGCCCCCCCGUGCCUUGCCCCUUCCCCGCGCCCCCCAAGGAGCCCCCCCCGGGCCGCCCCCCCGCGCUGGACCCCGAGCUGUUCUUCACGGCCCCCUCGACGCCGGUGCGGGCGGGGGGGGCCCGGCCCCCCCCCGAGGAGCCGACGGACGGGGACAGCGAGGGGCUGUGCUCGCCCCCCACCUCCCCCUCGGGCUCCUACAUGACGGCCGAGGGCGGCAGCUGGGGCUCCUCGGGCACCGCCAGCACCUCCCCGUCCUGCUCCCCCAACCUGGCGGCCGAGGCCGAAGGCCUGGGGGAGCCCGAGGGGGACCCCGAGGGCCUGGGGGGGGCCCUGCUGCUGCCCCCCGGCCUGGGGGACCCCCCGGCCUUCCCCCCGCUGUCCCCCGAGGAGGAGGAUGAGGAGGACGAGGACGGUUCCUUUGCCCCCCCGGGCUGCGAGGAGGAUGAGGAUGAGGAUGACGAGGACGGGCAGACGCCGGAGGAGGACGAAGACGAGGAUGAGGACGAGGUGUCGGGGCUGAUCCCGGCGGCGCUGCUCCCGUUCCGGGGCAGCCUCCUGUUCCAGGCCGAGGCCGUGGAGAUCUCCCCCCGCGCCCCCCCCGGGGACGGGCAGGAGGAGGAGGACGAGGAGGACGAAGGCAGCACCUCGGCCUCGUUCCUGCGCUCGCUGUCCGAGAGCUCCAUCCCCGAGGGGGGGGACGAGGCCUUCGCCUUCCGCGACGACACCGACGCCUCGUCCGACUCGGCCGCCUACGACGGGGACGAGGACGAGCGGCUCUACGGCACCGAGCGCCACGCGGGGGGCACGGGCACCCCCCCGGGCACCCCCCCGGAGGGGACGGGCCCCGGGUCUGCGGGGACCCCCCCGGGACUGCCCAGGGGGCACACGGAGCAGGACGGCCACGCCUUUGUCCCCACGGUGGAGGCGUGGUCCCCCCUGGAGCCCCCCCAGGAGGUGGCAGAAAGUUCUGGAGCGGCAUCGCCGGGACAGGGACCUUGCACGGAGCCAGCGGUGACAGUCGGUGUCCCCCAGAGCCCCGGGCCCUGCGCCAGGGACCCCCAGAGCCUCCGGCUGAGGGGGGCCAACGGGGAGCCCCGGGACAGCCCUGGGGGUGACAGCGAUGGUGACAGUGACCUCAAGCUCGGCACAGGGAGAGCAGGGAGCACUGAUGGCCACAGUGAGCCGGACACCGCGGCCACCAGCCUGGGGACGUCGGUGACACCGAUCCCCCGGGAUGAGACGGACACUGCGGCCACUGAGGAGGUGACACCAGUGACACCCGGCCUGGUGGACACUGCGGAGACUGACCUGGGGACAUCAGCGACACCUGGGCUGGACACUGACCUGGAGACACCGGUGACCCCCAGCCUGAUGGACACCGUGGGCACUGACCUGGAGACACCGGUGACCCCCAGCCUGAUGGACACCGUGGGCACUGACCUGGAGACACCGGUGACCCCCAGCCUGAUGGACACCGUGGGCGCUGACCUGGAGACACCGGUGACCCCCAGCCUGAUGGACACCGUGGGCGCUGACCUGGUGACACCAGGUGACACCAUUGGUGUGGCACCAAUCCUCCUGGAUGAGAUGGACACUGUGGCCACCAGCCCGGUGACACCCAGCCCGCCCGGUGAGCCAGACACUAUGGCCACUGCCAUGGUGACACCGGUGACACCGACCCCUCUGGAUGAGCCGGACACUGAUCUGGGGACGCUGGUGACACCCAGCCUGAUGGACAGCACGGCCACCGGCCCAGUGGCACCCAGCCCACCGGACACUGCGGCCACUGAGCUGGUGACACUGGUGACACCCAGCCCGUUGGAUGAGCUGGACACUGUGGCCACUGACAUGGUGACACCAACCCCACUGGAUGAGCCGGACGCUGCAGGCACUGCAGGGUUGACACCAGUGACGCCUGACCUGAUGGACAGCACGGCCACCGACCUGGUGACACCGGUGACACCGACCCCCCUGGAUGAGAUGGACGCUGUGGACACUGACCUGCUGACAACGAGCCCCCCAGAUGAGCUGAACACAGUGGCCACCAACUUGGUGACACCAACCCCGCCGGACACUGCGGCCACUGACCCGGUGACACGAGUGACAGCAAGCCCACCAGAUGAGAUGGACACUGCAGCCACUGACCCGGUGACACCAGUGACUCCCAGCCUGCUGGACAAGAUGGACACUGUGGACGCUGCCCUGGUGACACCGGUGACAUCCACCCUGAAGGAUGCUGUGGUCACUGACGUGCUGACAUCAGUGACAACCACCCUGAUGGACACUGUGGCCACCAACCUGGUGACACCGGUGACACCAACCCCGCUGGAUGAGAUGGACACUGCAGCCACUGCCCCAGUGACACCAGUGACCUGCAGCCUGAUGGACACCGGGGACACCGAGCCACUGACACCGGUGACACCAACCCCGCCGGAUGAUGCAGCCACUGACCUGGUGACCCCCAGCCCGGUGGCCACCACGGCCAGUGCCCCGGUGACCCCAGUGACCCCCAGCCCGGUGGCCACCAUGGCCAGUGCCCCGGUGACCCCGAGCCCCCAGCCCGUGUCCCCCGUGGUGCUGGCAGCUGAGGUGACCCUGUCCCACGAGCCCCCGGCUGCCCUCCCGUGUCCCCCAUCACAGGGGUCGCUGUCACAGCCCCCCGGGGAGGUCCCCGAGCCCCCCAAAGGGUGGGGGGACGUGGCCACCGCCUCGCCCGAGGGCUCGUCCCUGGAGCUGCCGGAUGCUUCUCAAUCCCACCCCAUCUCCAGCCUCAACAGCGCCAGGGAGGGCCCCCCACGCCCCCCCGGGACCCCACACCCCCCCGGGACCCCCGGCCCCCCCUGUGCCCUCAGGGGGCCGUCAGAGGAGGAAGAGGCAGAAGAGAAGGGGGAGGAGGAUGAUGAGGGUCCCGCAGCCCCCCCCCCGCUGUUCACGGCCUCGGAGCGGGAGGUGUUUGUGGGGACCCCCCUGGCCCCCCCCGAGCUGCUCCCACCACCCGGUGCCUUUUCGGGGCGUGGGGCCGGCCCGGGGGUCACUGCCCUGCCCCGGGGGGCCCUCGGGGACCUGCCCCCGCCCCUGCAGGAGCCCCCCACCCCCCGGCCGGGCCCUGAGCCCCCCGGCCCCACUGAGGGGGGCACCGAUGCCAAAGUCCCGGGGGAGGGUGGCCCCCCAAGCCCCCCCGGCCCCCCAAGAUCCCCCCCAGCUCCCCCUGAGCAGCAGCAGCAGCAGAAGGAGGAGGCGGUGGGGGGGGGCUCCUCCAGCCCCCUUCCCGCUGUGGGGGCUCAGCAGGGGCCCCCCCAGAAGCCGCCCCCCCCCGAGCCCCCCCGCCCUGCGCCCCCCAAACUCAGCCAAGUGCCUCCUCCCGCCGCCGUGUCCCUGCUGGCCCCGGCCCCCCCCGGGCCCCUCCCCGGCCAGGAGCCCCCCCCGGGGCUGCCCCCCUCCAGGAAGCACCUCGAAGGGUCCGGGAACGAAUCCGAGAGCAACGACGAGUCCAUCCCGGAGCUGGAGGAGCCCGAGGGCUCGGAGCCGCCCCCCGCCCAGCCCCAGGUGCCCCUGGGCCACGCGCUCGGCCCCGGAGAGGAACCGCUGAGCAAGGCCAAGCAGAGCCGGAGCGAGAAGAAGGCCCGGAAGGCCAUGUCCAAGCUGGGGCUGCGGCAGAUCCACGGCGUCACCCGCAUCACCAUCCGCAAGUCCAAGAACAUCCUGUUCGUCAUCUCCAAGCCCGACGUGUUCAAGAGCCCCGCCUCCGACAUCUACAUCGUCUUCGGGGAGGCCAAGAUCGAGGACCUGUCCCAGCAAGUGCACAAAGCGGCGGCCGAGAAGUUCAAGGUGCCGCUGGAACACUCGGCCCUGGUGACAGACACGGCCCCCGCCCUCGCCAUCAAGGAGGAGAGCGAGGAGGAGGAGGAGGUGGACGAGACGGGGCUGGAGGUGCGGGACAUCGAGCUGGUGAUGGCCCAGGCCAACGUGUCCCGCCCCAAAGCCGUGCGGGCCCUGCGGCACAACAACAACGACAUCGUCAACGCCAUCAUGGAACUGACCAUGUAGCGGCCAGGGCUGGCCUGGCCCCCCUGUAUAGAUGCACAGAGCCCCCCCAAAUCCUUCCUCCUGCCCCCCAUCCUCCUCCUCCCCCCCUGGACCGCUCAAUAAAGGCCUCCUGCAC